AUGCCUGCCAUCGAGCUCUCUCCUCUCCAAGCUCAGUUCAUGCCUGAUAUAAGCUCUCUCUGGUGCGUUAAUCGCAUUUCCACUUAUACAGAACAAACUCCCGUUGUUAUCUUGCUUUUCAUGUCAUGGUCCAUCUCUUGUAGAGAGGCUCUUAUCCAAAUUCUAAAUUUGCAACGCUCCCAGCCUGGGGUUUACUAUCUUUGUAUCUCUAAGGAGCACUCAUCAGCCAUUCGUAGUGAAAUGCAAUCUGCCCCGGAGCUUCUUCUGCUAAAUGUCUUUACCGACCCUAAGCACGUGCUAAAACCAUUCCUCAUUGCAAAUACUAUUACCACAGUUCCUACUGCCAUCCUUUUUGCUUCGAACAAGCGCAUGAUGUGGCACGGGCACGCACUUUCCCCAGAGUUUACGGAAAAGUUCACAAAGUUGAUUCGCCAGUCACAUAUCAAGGUGUACAACGAGGAUGCCCUCCUCUUCAAGACCUUGAGGUCAUCUAGCUGUCGAUCCAUUUCUGCAAGAAGAUCUCCAACAGGAAACGGCAGUACAUCCCUUAUGGCGUCGCUACUAACAAAUAAGGUCAGUUCAGGGGACAUUCCAGAGGAGAGUAGUACGUUACAAGAAGGCUACACAAAGGCGCACAGUCCACUUGUUAGAAGCACACGGAUUCACCGAAGCAAGCAGCGACCAUCCAGUGUGCAACGCGCAAGCCAAAUAAUACACUCAGCUACGCAUGAUAUGCUGGCAGUCAGUCUUAGGGAAAACGAUCUAGCGGUGUCAUCUCUCACAGAUAAGCAGCUACCACAAAGCAGCUACCCGAUAGAGCGUGUGCUAGCUACCUCAGCAUUGUGGAAAACGCUGUCUCCACCAAGAACAUAUGCACAAAGAGCACCAACCUCAGACAAUGCGAAGAAAUAUCUAAUACGGUCUCCCAGAAAAGAAAGAACUGAUCCCCUGCAACCUCUGCGAUCUCCUACAAGCAUCAUCAGGGCUGAGCUGUCAGAGGCAACAGGUGAAGAGAGUAGUUACCCAUUAGUGGAGGAGGCACCACCUAGGCAAUCCCUCUCUAAGCCUAGAAUCUUACACAGAUCAUCAGUUGUCGCAGAGAAUGUGAAGAAGGAACUAGGGUGGAUGCUCAUGAAGCAGGAUAGCAUUCUACCCAAGCCACUCCGGAUACCAGAGUCAUUUCCAGUAGAUGUCCUCAGAGAUUCAGAAGGCACGCAGCAGCUAUUUAAUAAAUCUGCUGUAUUUUUAAGACGGAUGAACGUUUAG